UCGCAAAUAUACAUUCAUUCAUAGCCGUACACAGUAAUUAUGGCGGCAAUAGAUAGUACUCUAUGAAACAUCCCAUGUUUCAAAAAGAUUUAUGGUACGCCGCUGUCUCUGCGGGAGAUGCUGAGGCCAUAAGGUCAUUUAGAAUUUACUCCAGUAGACUGACUGGUAGAACUAUCCUUCACAAUGAAUCCAUGGAUGGAAAUAAAGAACACGUGCAGCUCAUUCUGAGGGAGUUUGCAGGCUUGUUAGUCAAGGUGGAUUCAAAUAAAGACACUGCACUUCACCUUGCAGCUUUUUAUGGACACGCUCAAGUGGUUGAGCUUCUCAUUGAUGCAGCCAGAAAUUUGGGUUCUGCAGCUGAUGAUCCACAUAAUCCGAUUACUGGUUUCGAAGCUUUUGUCAGACAUUCUAAUAAUAGUAUGAAUACUGCCUUGCACGUAGCAGUGAGCAAGGGAAACCUGGCUAUUGCUAAGCUUUUAGUAGAAGCCGAUCCAGAUGAUGCACAUAUUCAAAAUUGUAACGGUGAUAGUCCGGUCAACCUCGCGGCCAGAUUGAGGUCUCCCGAUAUGGUCAUCUUGAUCUGUAACUCUUGCACACAUCCAAGUUUAGAUGGUCCUGAUGGUACAACUGCUUUGCAUUUGCAUGCUGCUAUUAUGAUGCUCCCGCCGCAAUUAAAUAUUGUGGUGCUGGUGCUGAAGAACAAGCAUUCAACAUUGUUGGAGCUUUCUUUAAUAAAACUUAUAAGAAUGGUAGAGAUACUCCUCUGCACUUGGCAGCACGAAAAGAUAAUCCAAUUGCGGUUAAGUGGAUAGCAAUGUUAGAUCCCCAAUAUAUAACCGGAGAAGAAGAUGAUGUUUAUGGAGGUGCUGUAACUAAAAACAGAGAACUCUCUGUACUUAUCUAUGAACUAGCUGAAUCCCGAGAAAGUUCCUCGGUCGUAGUCCAACAACUCUGUAUGUUGUAUGAACUGGACAAUAUCCUUGGUCACUUUGGUCAGGUUGCUUUGCGUGCUGCUAUCAUGAUGCAUGACGAACGUAAAAUUCUAACUUUAUUCUUGGCGUCUCACAAUAUAAGUCAACUCUCAUUAAUUGUUAUAAGAAGGAUAAUUUAGAAUAAUAUAAAUAUAUUUGCAUUAGAAGAUAAAAAUAGACAAAUAUUAUGUGAAAUUUUUUAUUUCUGAAUAGGCUAUUAUUAUGGGAUGGAUGGAGCAUCAAUUGAAAUGCUCACUUCGCACUCCUAUAAAAUAUAGAAUAUGAUCGUAUAAUUAUUUUUUCUUGAAUAAAAGUUUUAUAAAAGCUAGAAUGUAUUGUUUUAAUCCG